AUGAAACCGUCGAAACUACUCCUAGUUCAAGUAGAUUCUGACGGUAAAACAUUUUACCAUUGCAAGUACUGUGAGUAUCGGAGCAAGAAUCAUACGAACGCGAAAGUGCACCAGAGAAUUCACUCAAAUGAGCGACCCCAUGUCUGCGACUUCUGCAGUUAUGCCUCCAACUCGGCCUCCAACCUCAAGAAGCAUUUGUUGCAACAUUCCAAUGUGGCUUUCACGUGUGCUCAUUGCUCUUAUUCCACAAAAUCGAAGCAGUAUCUGAAGAAACACAUGAGAUCACACUCCGAGGAAACAAACGUCACGGACAUAUUCUGGUGUUCGCUCUGCCAUCUGUACGAGCUUCCACAGGGAGUCGAAGAGCAUCUGAGAUCGUCCAAGCACAAGCUGAUGGUUUCGAAGUUCCCUCAUCGAUGUUCCUCAUGUGAAGCAGGAUUUUUCGAGCCCGUCAGUCUCGCUAUCCAUACCGAGGUGGAACAUUCGACCGAUAAGCAUCAUUGCAAUCGAUGCAGCUAUUCGUCAACUUCGGGAGUUCUCCUCAAAGCGCACAUGAGGAAUGUCCACGAAGGAGCUCAGGACUUCCAAUGCGGAUGGUGCGGCGAGCGAUUUCUACUCGAAGAAAGUCAACGAGAACACGUUCUGCAAAAUCUUCUAUUGCAAACCAUCGAAAGAAGGGCUAGGUUGUCAUGUGCAUUCUGUCGAAAAACAUUUCAGCAUAAAGACGUCGUUCGGAAGCACGAAGUCGAGGAGCAUUCAUUCAUCACAACAGGUCGCAUACGGUGCUGUGUUUGCAGAAAGACAUUCCGCACAAAGAAGAGUCACAGAGCUCACAUCUGCCAGAAACGAAGAACAGAACAGCCGGUGCUCCACUGCGUUUCGAAGACUAGUCAGGACUCGUUCCACUCGACAUUCUGA